AUGAGAACCUGCCCAGCGCUGCUCCUGCUGCUCCUGGCCACCAGCUGCCCCCCGGCCGGCACCUCGGCCCCCCAGCCCAGCUGCCUCCACUUCCCCGACCUCCUGCCUGCCAAGCUCAAAGAGCUGAGGAGCAAGUUCGAGGACAUCAAAGAUUAUUUUCAAUCAAAAGAUGAUGAACUUAGCAUCCAGCUGCUCAGCUCCGAACUGCUGGAUGAAUUCAAGGGAAGCUUCGGCUGCCAGUCGUCGGUGUCGGAGAUGAUGCGGUUCUACAUGGAGGAGGUCCUGCCCAGCGCCAGGAGGACCGGCAGCCACCACCAGCAGAGCGUGGACGACCUGGGCAACCUGCUGCUGAGCCUGAAGGCGACGAUGAGGCGCUGUCACAGAUACUUCACGUGCGAGAAGAGGAGCAAAGCCAUCAAGCACAUCAAGGAGGCGUUCGAGAAGAUGAAUGAGAAAGGAAUCUACAAGGCCAUGGGAGAAUUUGACAUCUUCAUCAACUACAUCGAAGAGUACUUGCUGAUGAAGAGAAAAAAGUGA